AUGGUGAAAGUCAACAUCCUCUCCGACGCCCUAAGGACAAUCGUCAACGCUGAGCGUAAGGGAAAGAAGCAAGUGCUGCUGAAGCCUGUCUCUAAGGUCCUCAUCAAGUUCUUGAGGAUCAUGCAGAAGCACAACUACAUUGGUGAGUUUGAGAUCAUUGAUGAUCACAGAAGCAAGAAGAUUGUCAUCGAACUCAUCGGAAGGAUCAACAAGUGCGGUGUCAUCUCCCCCAGAUACGAUAUUCUCCUCCCUGACUUCGAGAAAUGGACCAACAACAUUCUUCCCUCCAGACAGUUCGGACAUCUUGUUCUCUCCACCACCCAAGGCAUCUUCACUCAUGACGAGUGCAGGGAGAGACACAUCGGAGGAAAAAUUAUCGGAUUCUUCUAUUGA